UCUCUUCUUAAUCUCAACCGUCCAUAUUCACCCUCUCUCUCAUCUCCCAUUUCUCUCUUCCCUCCAAUUCCCAUCCCCACUUCCUGCACACUUUUCUUCACUUCUUUGUAGAUCUGCGGCGGAGGCGGAGACGGUGACGGUGACACUGACGACUUCAUGGCGGCUCUGCCAUCCUCUUCUGCGUUACCGGAUUCUUCGUCUUCCAGACACCACACUUACAGUAGGAAGCAGAAAUCCCUCGGUCUUUUGUGCUCAAAUUUUUUGAGCUUGUAUAACCAUGAUGAAGUUCACUCGAUUGGGCUUGAUGAUGCUGCAUCGCGAUUAGGUGUGGAAAGGCGGCGGAUCUAUGAUAUUGUGAAUGUCUUGGAGAGCGUCGGGGUUCUCUCCAGAAAGGCGAAAAAUCAGUACAGUUGGAAUGGGUUUGGGGCAAUUCCAAAGGCCUUGCAAGAUCUUAAGGAGGAAGGGUUGAAGGAUAAUUGCAGCGCAUCUGAUGGCACCGAUUAUGCAAAAGUCUCAGAUGAUGAAGAUGACGAUGAAAGACUUUCCAAUCCAACCGGAAGCCAAAACUCAACUGCCACCAUGCCCAAAUCUUCAUCAUCUUUAAAAGCCGCUUAUGCAGACAAUAGGAGGGAAAAAUCAUUGGCGCUUCUGACUCAAAAUUUUGUUAAGCUAUUUAUUUGCAGUCAUGUGAAUAUGAUUUCCCUUGAUGAAGCUGCGAGGCUCUUAUUAGGAGAUGGCCACAAUUCAUCAAUAAUGAGAACAAAAGUGAGGCGGCUAUACGACAUUGCAAAUGUUCUGUCUUCUAUGAAUCUAAUUGAGAAGACGCAUACAACUGACACGAGAAAGCCAGCGUUUAGGUGGUUGGGAGUAAGGGGUAAGGUCAAGAAUGAGCCUAUUGUUCUUCCAGAGUCGAAAAAAAGGGCAUUUGGAACAGACGUAACGAAUGUCAGUUAUAAGAAAACUAAGACCGAAAAUUCAGCCUAUCCGAGUUUAAAUCAUUGCCUUAACAUGCAAAAGCCAGUGCCAUGCGAGAAUUCAUCACAAGAUGACAGCCAGAACAGUCAGGAUCAGGAAUGUGAGCGAACUUCCAAGAGCUAUCAAUUUGGACCAUUUGCUCCUGUAACAGUAGCUAAAGUUGGUGUCUUAGACAAUAACAACGUGAAGCGAACUCACGAUUGGGAAAGCCUUUCCUCGACAUUCCGCCCUCAAUAUCACAACCAAGCCUUAAAAGAACUUUUCUCCCAUUACGUGGAAGCUUGGAAAUCAUGGUAUUCUGAAGCAGUGAAGAAACCUAUACAAAUAUCUUGAUCCGCUUUGUUUCGGCCCGAAAUAGUUAAUAAGUUUAGCUCGAUUAAGCGCAGUUUCUACUGCCAUUAGUCAAGAAAAUUAGACCUUUUCUUGGUUGCAUUUUCUUAAUGCACCAUCCCAAGAAGGGUUCAUCUUGGAAAGUGGAAAACAUUUCCAAUAGGUUCAUGUUUGUUUGUAUUAUUCUGAAAACAAGCCUAACAUAGUUAUUUAUUUAUUUUCUCCAUUCUUUAGUGUCUCAUCAUCUUCUUAUUUUAUUGUAGCUAUCCCUUUCCCCGACAGUGUGUUCAAUGAAAUUGGCGACAUCGCCUUCGUUGA